CCGAAAAAUGCCGAAGAAUGCCGAAGUAUGCCGAAGUAGAACGCCAAAGAUCGUCUUCGCACAUGCGCAGUGCGUGGAUCUGGUUCAUCGUUGGUGAAGAUGGCUGCGCCCAUAGACCUCGAGCUGAAGAAGGCGUUCACGGAGCUGCAGGUGAAGAUGAUCGACACGCAGCAGAAGGUGAAGUUGGCUGACCUACAGAUCGAUCAGCUGACCCGAGUCCAGAAACACGCUAAGCUAACCCACACUGAGAUCACCACACUGCCCGACAACACGCGACUGUACGAGGGAGUUGGACGCAUGUUCAUCCUUCAAUCCAAGGAGGAAAUCAACAAUCAGCUGAUGGACAAACAGAAAACAGCUGACGAAAAAAUUAAAGAACUCGAGCAGAAGAAAUUGUACCUUGAACGCAGCGUCAAAGAAGCAGAAGACAACAUCAGAGAGAUGCUGCUGUCCAGAAGAGCACAGUGAUAAACCAUCAACCAUCAAUAACACAUUAUUAGUAACACACUUAUACACUCAUCGAUCAUCUGUAAUCAAAUAUUAUGAAGACAUACACACACACACAUUCAUGUCAAUAGCUGUGUUUGUUAGUUGUUCAGUUUUGUUAAAAUGUUGAACCUUCUGUUUCCCGUCUGAAUUCUUUGCGUUGAAUUUGAUGCCUAAACAAACUAGUCAGCCAAUAAUCAUCAAUCAUGAGAGCAUCAUUAAAUGAAAGAAUAAAAUAUGAAUCGUU